UUUACUACGAUUAUUAUACAGUGUUCAAUAAAUAUGGCGGUUAGGGAUGGUUGGAGAGUGAAACAUGUAUUCUUACAAAUUGUUGUACUGGAAUCAUUAUUCAUUUUUGUGGCAAAAACAGAACCAGAAAAAAAUCUGUACCAGAUACUGGAGAGGCAGGAUAUAGAAAACUCUCUAGAUGAUGCUGAACAACUUGAAUAUGAAUUUCGUUCUUCAUACGAUGGAUCUGAGACGCCAUUGUUUCUUGUGAAAAGACAAGCUGAUCUGAAGAAAACAGUAAUAGAGAAGAAACCUAUUCCUAAACCAAAGGUAGAUAUAAAAGUUAAAGAUGAAGGCAUCACAGAGAUCACUACAAAUCCAGAUCAGACUAGCUACAAAAUCAAAGCUUCAACUGUCAGCACGACCUUGGCUCCAGACAGCACCAAUGCCACUGAAGACCAUCAUACCUAUUACAACUCUUCAAUAUAUACAGAUCCUAAAGAAGCAAGAGCAUUUUGGAUAGAUUUGGAAAAUAAUCAUACUGAAGUGAUUACACAUCAGAUGUUGUCAGAUUCUCACAGGCGUGCUGCAACAGUAUCAUUGUCCUUUGACUUCCCUUUUUAUGGUCAUCUUGUCAGGAAUAUCACGAUUGCUACUGGAGGAUUUCUCUAUGUAGGAGAAUAUAUGCACAGCUGGUUGGCUGCAACACAGUAUAUAGCACCACUGAUGGCCAACUUCGACACCAGUUUAAGUAACAUUUCAACUAUCAGGCUGGCUGACAAUGGUUCAAUGUUUGUUGUCCAGUGGGAAGAGGUGGCUUUACAGGAAGGCAGCAGCAUUGACACCUUUACUUUCCAAGUAUCAUUAUUUGAUAAUGGAAACAUCGUCUUUGUGUACAAAAAGGUGCCAAUUUCAGUAACAGAAAUUAAAGAUGAAGAUCAUCCUGUGAAAAUAGGCUUGUCUGAUGCUUAUAUAUAUGACAGAAAAAUAUUUUUUAUUCGCAGAAAGACGAUUUAUGAAUAUCAUAGAAUUGACAUGAAGCGUGAAGAAAUCGGAAAUUGGACGGCUUUGUAUUUUACAGCUUUGCCAACUUGUCUUAGCUUUAAAGAUUGUGAUUCCUGUGUCUCUGCAAACAUCAAUUUCAACUGUUCAUGGUGUGAAGCUAUCAAAAGAUGUUCAGAUGGUAUAGAUAGACACCGUCAAGAAUGGAUGGCUCAAGGGUGUGGAACGCAAGCUAACAAAGAGUGUUCAGAAGCAGCAACUACUGUUCCUCCCAAACCAUCUCCAUCAACUUUGGUAACGACAACAGAAGAAUUUACUCCAGAGAAUGCUACUGGUAAGGUUACUACUUUUUCAUCAUCUACCUUUACCACCAUCCCCACCACUACCACUGCUGCUACUAUCAACCCUGAAGCAAAGUCAUCAGCUCAUUCUGUUAUGACCACUACAGUGAUUAAAGCUACCACCACCACAGAAGAACCAUCUCCAUCAAUACUAACUUUACCUCUUACAACUAUAACUACCGAGAAAUCUCAACCAACACAAAGUGCUCUGGUAGCAGAGGAGAAAUCAUCAAGUAGCUCAUCGUUUGGUGCUGGUGGAGUUGUUGCCAUUCUACUGAUCCUUGCCAUUGUUCUUGGUGUUGGCAUUUGGAUAGGUUAUGCUUAUAAAAAUCCACAAACUGCAUCUGGACAGUUACUAAUCAAAUAUCGGCCAAGCCAGUGGCGUUGGGGUGGACAGGCAAGAUAUACAGCUGCAUCAAUCCACAUGUGACAGUGUAAUUAUUAUGGAAAUCACAAAACUAUAGUGAAAAUACAGCUGUUUUUAAUUUUGUGUUGAAAUAUGCUUGUUUACCCAUGAGAAUUCUGUAAAGUUCUCUAACUAAAACUUUAUAUUUUUAAACAAUUAAAAAACAGUCCUUUAGGAAUAUGUCUGUAAUUCUGUUUUUGUAGGUUAACUUUUUGUAUAGUUAUAAACUGUUCAUCUAUAAUGGUGCCUUCAGAAAAAAGACAAUUAAUUUUAUGUGCACAAUGUACAACUGUGAUGUAUAUUUUUGUACAUUUACAUAGUGCAUAUUACAAUCAAAGACUAGUAAUCUACAUGCCACUUGCUAUACUGUGGAAGAUCUGAAUGGGGAAAAACAAAACACUUUACACUAAGUAUUUUUUAUCUCAAGUGUGAAUGAUAUUCAAGUUUAAUGAAAUAUUUUAUACAUUGUACUUGUAAAGUAGUUUCAAUUAAGAAUUUUAAAAAGGGAUGGAGAUUUAUUUUUAGCUGUUCUUUCUCUUUUAGCUUUCACUGUUUUUUCAUUUGUCAAGUAAUGAUCACACAGUUCUCGAAUCUCUGCAUUUUGUGUAUUUUUGAAUACAUAUGCAACUAUAAAAGAAAAUUUGCUGGAAUACUUUUACUGUUUGACAAAAAGUAGGUAAAUGGUCAUCUUAUUUCUACAAACUGUAUUGAUCAAUUAUUAACAAAAAAGUUUUUAUUUGUAUUACACAUGUUAAAACUGCAAACUGGCCAAAGGCCCAUGAACAAAGCUGAAGAAAUGCAGGAUCUGUUUGGAUGAAAAACUGAAUAAACUUUUUAAGAAAUUAAUUGAUGUUACAAAUUAUAAGUUGCUCUAUUAUUUAUAAACGUUUCAGAGUUUUUGUUUCUAAGAUUAGUUUUAACUGUACAAAUCAUUUGGGAAAAGAUCCUGUACUAAGUUAGAUAAUUAAUAUAUGCAUUGGUCCUUUUUUAAAUAGUAAAUAAAUAUCGGAUAGUUUCAUAAGUUUUUUCUUAAGAUCAGUUUUUGCUGGAAGCUUAAGAUGUGGGACUUGUGCAAGUUCUCAGUUUAUUGCUUAAAUAUUGUAUUUCUUCAUCUGGAAAUAAAAUCAUUAUUAUUGCCUCCAA